AUGGGAAGCACAAAUCCUCUUCCCACUCCCGAUCCCCAAGAUCCCUCCAUCCAGCAUUGGGAAAAUGGAUUGGUACUCUACUCCAACUUCAUCACGGCUGAAGAAGAAUCCGAAAUCAUCGCUUCGAUCCAGAAAGAUGAUCGUUGGUGCGGAAUCGGUAAGCGACAAACCAUGCAUUACGGUGCGCAUUUCGAUUAUACCACGUUCUGCGCGUCGGAAACGUGGACGGAUGUCCCAGAUUGGAUUGAGCAAUUGGUGGGGAGGUUACCGUUUAGAGAGGAAGGGGGCGUGGAUCAAUUCACGGUGCAGUAUUAUCCCCCUGGAACGGGGAUUCCGCCGCAUGUGGAUACGCAUUCGGCGUUUGGAGAGUAUUUGUAUAGUCUGAGUUUGGGGUCGGCGGUGCCGAUAGGGUUUAAGAGGUGUGGGAUUAAUGAGGAGCGGAAGAUGAGGAGGCCGAAGAGGUCGUUGGGGGAGGCGAUUGCAAAUGGGAGGAGGGAGAAGGCGGAGGAGGAUGGGGAGGAGAAGUGGGAGGUUUGGUUGAGGGAGAGGAGUUUGUUGGUUAUGAGGGGGGAGGCGAGGUAUGGGUUUGCGCAUGGGAUUAGGGGGAGGAAGUUUGAUGUGGAUGUGGAGUUGGAUGAGAAUGGGGAGGGGGUGAAGAGGAGGAGAGAGGGGAGAUGGAGUAUUACGAUGAGAAGUGUGAAGAGAGGUGCGGAAAUGGGAUGUGAGUGUGCGUUUCCGGGGGUUUGUGAUGCGAGGAUUAGGGAGGAGAGGGAGAGGGGGGAGAAGGAGGAGGAGAAAAAGAAAGAACGGGAGAUUCGGGAAAAGGGUGAAUGUAUACCUGAAAUUACACCUAGAUAA